CCCACCACUUUCUCAUCUCUGGGUGGUCUGUGUGACUUUGAGCAUAGUAUGUGUGGAUGGACCCACGACCCCAUGUCUGUUCUGAAGUGGUCUCUGUAUAGUUCCUCUAGUCCUAGUCUGGACCUGACAUUGGGAUCUGACAAUUUUGGAAAUUUCCUGUAUGUGGAGGCGAGUCCUAAGUCAGAGCCACAGCGUGCACGGUUAAUGAGCCCAUCUGUGGGACCCGAGCGCCGUCCCGUCUGUCUGCUCUUCUACUACCAGCUGCAGGGUGAAGGUCAGGACAGCCUCCGUGUGCUGCUCCGAGAUGAUGACCAGGAGGAGACGCUGCUCUGGGCGCUGAAAGGAGACCAGGGGCCCAUGUGGAGGGAAGGCCGCACCAUCCUGCCUCAGUCCCCUAAAGAAUAUCAGGUUGUCAUCGAGGGCUUCUUCGAGCGUGGCAGUCGAGGGCACAUCUGGGUCGAUAAUAUCCAUAUGAGCUCUAGCAUCGAGCUUGAGCAGUGUACACGUAAGUAUUAACAUCUGGGUCUUUCUUUGUCUCGCUGUCUUUAUUUCUUUCAACUGUCACCCACCAUAUUUGUCACCAGGGACCAAAAUUAACACCUGCCAAGCACCAAAUGCAAGUAAAAUUUGCUUUGACAAGUAAAAAAAAAAGCCUUUAU